CGGCCGUUUUGCCAUUUUUACUCUCGCACCGAAUUCUUCAUCGCCUUGUUCCUUCUCCCUUGGUUAAUCCAAUAUAGAAAUUUCCACUUUUAUUUUCUUUGAAAGAUUAUUCAAAGUUGGUCCUUUUUUUCCUGAAUUUUUAAUUUUUUAAAUUAUUUGUAAUGUUUUGAUGACGGAGAAGGGAGUAAUUAUCAGACGACGAAGAGAAGUUCUCCUGUAGCAUUAGAAUGAUAAAGAGCCUGGUGAAUCCUUGCAGUUUCCCAAGUUCAAGACUUGAUGGGUGUAGCAGGCAAGUGAAGUGCAGGGGGACGAAGAUGGAGCUUACUCUCACCCAACCAGAUGAUUGGCAUCUUCACCUCCGCGAUGGUGAUCUUCUUCAAGUUGUUCUACCUCACAGUGCGCAUCAUUUUGGGAGAGCUAUUGUGAUGCCGAAUUUGAAGCCUCCCAUCUCUACCACAGCAGCUGCCUUGGCUUAUAGGGAAUCCAUCUUGAAAGCUCUGCCUCCUGGUAGCAACUUCAAUCCCCUGAUGACACUGUAUUUGACUGAUACCACAAGUGCUGAUGAGAUCAAGCUUGCAAGAAGAAGUGGUGCUGUUUUUGCCGUGAAAUUGUACCCUGCUGGUGCCACAACAAAUUCUCAAGAUGGUGUUACUGACCUGUUUGGCAAAUGCAUACCUGUCCUUGAGGAGAUGGUCGAGCAGAAUAUGCCCCUGCUGGUUCAUGGAGAGGUCACAGAUCCUAAAGUUGACAUUUUUGAUCGCGAGAAAGUUUUUAUCGACACAGUUUUGCAGCCUUUGAUCCAAAGACUCCCGAAGUUGAAGAUUGUGAUGGAGCACAUUACUACCAUGGAUGCUGUUAGGUUUGUUGAGUCUUGCAAAGAAGGAUUUGUAGCUGCAACAGUUACUCCACAGCACCUUCUCCUAAAUAGAAACGACAUCUUUCAAGGAGGACUCCAGCCCAUUUCGAAUGACAUUGAUAGACCAUACAAUUUUAUCAUUAACAGCCCGGCAAUUGUUUCAGCUGUAACCAGUGGAAGUAAGAAAUUUUUCCUUGGAACUGAUAGUGCUCCCCAUGAGAAACGGAAAAAAGAGUGUCCAUGUGGAUGUGCUGGUAUUUACAAUGCCCCUGUUGCGCUGUCACUAUAUGCCAAGGUCUUUGAAGAGGCUGGUGCACUUGACAAACUUGAGGCAUUCACAAGCUUCAAUGGACCGGAUUUCUACGGGCUUCCUAGGAACACAAUAAAAAUUAAGUUGAAAAGGAGUCCAUGGAAGGUACCAGAGGCUUUCUCAUUUUCAUUUGGAGAUAUUAUUCCGAUGUUUGCCGGUGAAACACUCGGAUGGCAGCUGGCCACCUAUUGAAAUUUAUGUUUCACUAGUAGGGCAUACUUGAUUUAUUUUUCUCUCUCUGGUCAUUUUGGUACCUUGAGCACAACACUGGAAUUGAGAAGCAGGGGUUCCCCUGAUACUUUAUAAUAAGAUUGCAUUUGAUACU